AUGAGCACCCUAAUUAGAGUAUUCCCAACCCUAAAGAAAAACUGCUACACCAUCCUUGAUCUGGACAAAGGGCAACGAGUUCUUGUGCGUGCAACCUUUUUCUAUGGAAAUUAUGAUGGGAAAAAUUUUGCACCAACCUUUGAGUUGCACUUCGAUGGAAACUUCUGGGCCACGGUCACCACUUCGAACUUUACCUAUGUUGUCGAGGAAGCCAUUUAUGUGGUGAAGGGAAAUGCCACGAACAUCUGUCUUGCUCAGACGCAUCCCGACCAGGCGCCAUUCAUAUCAGCACUAGAACUGCGCAGCUUGGAUGCCGAAAUGUACAGCAACGUUGGCAUGAACCAUGCUUUGUUUUUGGAAAACAGAAUAGCCCACAGUGCUAAUCAAACUGUUCGUUCUGUUGAAGUUGUUGAUCAGCACGGCGGUUUUACACUCUCUGAGGAUGUCAUCAGAAAUGAAACUGACGCGAUUGAUGUGAGUGCGGCAAAAGAUCAUCCUCCGCAGGUUGUUCUGCAAAAUGCUGUUGGGACGAUUGGCACUGCAUGGGGUAUAGGCAUACAGACAACUGGACUUGGAUCGAAGAAAGUUCCCAUCUUCAUCAUCGCCUACUUCUCUGAAGUCGUUCGACUAAAUUCAACCCAGAAAAGAUCUAUUGAAAUUGUCAUAGACAACGAACAAUUUUCAAACGACUUUAGUCCACCUUUUGGAAGCGUAUUAGAAGUUUACAUUACUAACAUUACUGCUUCUUCCAAUACUUCAUUCACAGUAGGGGUUGCGGCUGCUUCUUCCCUUCCUCCUAUAAUCAACGCUCAUGAAUUUUACUCUCUUAGCAAUGCACUGACUGAGGGAACCAAUAACAGAGAUGGUUUGGAUUUCAGAUUUCUAACUUUUAAUCUUCUGAUAAUUAUAGUUCUGUUGAAGUUGUUGAUCAGUAACUUGGUGUAG